AUGUCUGUUAUUUUUGAAGACAUCGAGGUAUUUUUACAUACAACUAAAUUAGAAUUUACACUAUCUCUAAUUUCAAUUUAAUCAAGCUCUACGCAUAGGCAAACUCAUAUAUUAUAUAGGUAUUGCUGUAAUAUAAGUUAGAGAAUUCUCUCCUUCGUAAGGUCAAUGUUAUUGAUAAUAAUUGCACAGAUAGUGUUAUAGUAUAAGCUGAAGUAUCUAUGAUUUGUACAGAUGGUAAACUCAUAUAUUCUUUAUUAUGUAACAACCAUUUUAUAAUCAUAUUAGAGAAUGGAGACAUUUAUUAAAUUGAAUAACCACCUCGUUUAAUUAAAAGUGGACAUCAUUAUAAAUGGAUAUCUCCUAUAGCAGCUAUUGAUUAAUCUCAUAGAGGUUUUAUUUGGAAAACAAAUAAAUAGAUUUAUAGUCAUUGCAAACACAUUUCUAAUUAUUAGGAUAGAAUUACUCUUGUUACAAUUGGUGGUAAAAUAUUCAAUGUUGUUGAUAAUAAAACAAUCCCAAUACCAUAACUUAAUGGAUUAAAAUUGAAUACAUAUUUUAAGAAAUCAAUUCUUUUCUCAUUUGGAGGAGUGGCCAUAACUGAAAGUGGAGAAUUCUAUCUAUUCAAUCAAAAAAUGAUCAGAGUUAAAAUCAAAGACAUUCAAGAUAUCUUCUUUACUGAUAAGUACAUAUUUGCUAUACAAAAUAAUAAUACUAUUUUACAAUAUACCAUUGAAGAAAUCCAAAUACAUCAAUUCUUUACUAAUUAAUAGAUCUUCUAAAAAAUGCAUUAUUGUAAUGAUGUAGAAUUUAAAUACAAAUCAAGAUAAUUUUAACACAUAUCUAUACUAUAAUCAGAAUAUUCCUUAUGUUCAUUUGCUUAUAUUAAAGAAAAUAAAAUAUUAGAUACUAGUCUAAAUCUAACAGAUAAGACUAAUCUAACUCAUAAUAAGAGUAAUGUUCUCAUAAUGAAGUAAUCCUUAUUUGAAGAAUGGGAUUGUAAAAAGAAAAUUAUUGAUUCUAGAAGAUCUACUACUCUUGAUAAACAACCUUAAAUAGAAUCUGAAGGAUAAACUUUAGCUUAAAAAUUAGCAACAAUAAGAGAGAGUUUAAAUUUUGAAAAACCAUAACAAAAUUAAAUUGAUAAUGAUAAAUAAGAUCGUUGUCGAUAAAAGAGUCUUAUUUAAUUACAUUAAAUUUAAGUUGAAGAUCUACCUUAAAAUCCUACUCCAAUAAAAUUGGAUAAUUUACUUAAUAAAAUUCAUGUUAAUAAACCAGAAAAACCUAUUGAUUAAUUAUUACUAAUAUAAAAUAAAUAAGAAUUAUAAGAUUCAUUACCAACAUUCUAAAAUGAUAAUUAAUUCACUAAUAAUAAUGAUACUCUUAAUAAAAAGAAAUCUAAAUAAUAAAAUGGUAUUUAAAGAUCAAAUAAAAGAUUAGAUAGUAUGUCAGCAUAAUCUGGUAUUGAUUUACAAAAUAAUAGUGGAUUUAUUUAAUAAUAAGAUAGUUUUGUUGAUAUAUUAGAUUCUGAUUCCAUAAAAAAGGAUUACCCAUUACAAUUAUAACCUUUUGAUAAAUCUAAUAAAUAUAAGAAAAAUACAUUGAAUACUAUUCAAUCUUAUGAAAAUGAAUAAGAUCCAAAAACUACAAAUAGAUUGUCAAUUAAAAAGGAUUAAAUACUUCAAUAGAGCAAUAGAUCACCAAAUAAGAAAACCAUUAAAGAUCCUUUAAUUACUGAAAGAAGUACCACUAAUAUUGAAUAAGCAAAAUAAGAUUUAGAAACCUUGGUUAAUAUGAUAAAUAAACAAAAAGAAAAUAUUGAAAUUUCAAAAUCUAUUAGUACUGUAAAAUCAAGUAUAAGGAUGAUAUCACCUCCAAUAUAAGUAGGAUCUGCAUUGAUACGUCCAGAAAGUAAAAUUACUCCAUUAAAAAAUAGGAGAUCAUCUGUUAUUAGUGAAACAUCUUAAUAAGAAUCAUUUAAAUUACCUUAAAGAAUCUCAAAAUAAAAUAUAUCUUAAAAAUUAAUAACUUAAUAAUCAUUCAAUUCAUCAAGUUAAAAUUCUUAAUUUCAAUUUGAUUCUCAUAACUUUAGAUAAUUAAAUACUUUAUAAGAUUAAGAAUCAUAAUUAGAUUUAAAAAGUGCUAAGAAACUCUUUGAUUAAUCAAUCACUUAAUAAUUGAAAA